UUACACUCGAGGAGCCUUGGAAUAGACGGCGCCCUAUGCACCAUGGAGUCGGACUACAAGUAGCCAUGUGUCCUCUCCAGGAGUCGAGUUACUCACCACAUUUCGCCUACGUCAAAUCCGUUCUCAAACAUUCAUAAUGGGCAACAAUAUCCUCAUCACCGGUGCCGCAGGCUACAUUGGCGGCUCUGUCCUUGCGAACUUCAUAUCUCGAACAAGCGGCCCGAUCAAGGCGGCACAGAUCAGCGCCGCAGUUCGAUCGGAAGAGCAAGCCCAAAAGCUCUCAAAGCUGGGUGUCAAUGUGAUCCAAGUCGACCUCGUCGACGAAACGGCCGUGAAGGAAGCCGUGCUGCGCAAUGAGAUCGAUAUUGUCGUGCAUACAGCAAGCGCGAUAGAUGGGCGAAUCCCAUCCCACCUGAUCAAAGCCCUUGGUCAGCGUCGCAAAGUCAGUGGAGAAGAGACUUACUUCAUCCAUUCGUCUAUAACCACGCUCUUUUCUGAAGAAGGCGGCUGGCCGUAUGGGCAAGUAAGGGAUACCGAUACGGUUUUCGAAAAAGAGAAGGAGAUAGGGGGACCGCAUCCUGUUCGACAGACCAAUAUCCUCGUUACCGAGCAAGCCAAAGCACACGGUGUUACAAGCUUCAACAUCGUGGUGCCGCACGUCUACGGAAGAGGCAGCGGCGAGUGGAGGAAGCUGUCCGUGAGCAUCCCGGCAUACGUCCGAACUAGUAUGGCGCACAAGAUCGUCUACAAAUUCGACAAGGAUGGUCACCCACCCGCAGCGCAUAUCUCAGACCUGAUAGAGCUCUAUGCUCUCCUCGUAGAGAAGAUCUUGCAGAAAGAGCGGAUUCCGAGCGGCGAGGAGGGCUACUACUUCGCAAUGGCCCAUAGGACUCCUUGGUGGGCCGCCAUGGACCGCAUCGCUCAGUCUUUGCAUGCGCGUGGUCUUGUUGCAGAGUCCAAACCAUCAAUCUGGCCUAGCGACAAGAUGGCGGCCGACUAUCUUGGGUUUCCGGUCCUGUACGUGCGUGCGAUGGGGACCUCUAGUGGGGAUCUUGUACCUGUCAACGCAUAUCGGCUAGGAUGGAAGCCGAAGUGGGACGAGGAGCAAUUCCUGGCGAGCAUCGACGAUGAGGUCCAAGCCGUGCUGGAGCUAGACACGGUCAAGGCUACCAUUUUUGACCUGCUGACCUCUGCGGAUAAGUGAGGAGGCGUCUUAGAGCCCGUCAGGGCGGAAUCUUAAGGAUCGUCUUUCGCUUUCAAUUCUAUGUCCGACAAUUGUUCUCUUGCU